UGAGUUCCAAACACCAUACAAUCCAUAAACCUCUCUCACCUUAUCCCCCAAUCCUGUUUUUUUCAUUUCUUACAUAUUAACAACCAUGGCUUCAUCUUGUUCUUCAUCAAUUAUAGGUGUUUCUUCAAUUUUCCACAAAAACCCAUCUUUAGAACACCUUUCAAGAACCCCUUUACACCUCCCACGUUGUACAGACAAGACCCACUUCACAUCCUUAAAAACAACCGCUAGAAUCAAACAUAUAGGUGCAGGUGUUGGUAAUGGGGGUUCCGGGUUUGUUACGUCGGCUACGGCGACCCCGAAUUCGAUAUUGAGUGAGAAAGCUUUUAAAGGGUUGGGUGUUUUUGAUGAAGAUAGUAAUUCUUUAGAUGAUAGUGAUAGAGAGUAUGAAGAUGAAGGACUAGUUAGUGAAAAUGAGAAUAUUAGUGAUGAGGAUGAUAAUGAUGAUGAACUUGCAAUUACUAAAUUGGGUUUGCCUCAAAAACUUGUCCAGUCUCUUGAAAAGAGGGAAAUUACUAGACUUUUCCCAAUUCAAAGAGCAGUGUUAGUCCCUGCAUUAGAGGGCAAAGAUAUUAUUGCUCGUGCCAAAACCGGAACAGGUAAAACAUUAGCUUUUGGGAUUCCCAUAAUCAAAAGACUAACUGAAGAUGAUGAAGCAAGACUUUCUUCUAGACGCGCUCAACGUCUUCCUAGAGUGUUAGUACUUGCACCUACAAGGGAAUUGGCGAGGCAAGUAGAAACAGAGAUCAAAGAGUCUGCCCCAUAUUUGAGCACUGUUUGUGUGUAUGGUGGUGUCUCAUAUACUUCACAACAAAAUGCAAUUUCUCGUGGAGUUGAUGUUGUGGUUGGAACACCAGGAAGACUCAUUGAUCUUAUUGGAAGUAACAGCCUAAAAUUGGGUGAGGUUCAGUUCUUGGUUCUUGAUGAAGCUGAUCAAAUGCUUGCUGUCGGUUUUGAGGAAGAUGUGGAACAUAUUUUAGAGAAGCUUCCAUCAGAGAGGCAAAGCAUGCUUUUUUCAGCAACUAUGCCUGGUUGGGUCAAGAAACUUUCGAGAAAAUAUUUGAACAAUCCAUUGACAAUUGAUUUGGUUGGAGAUCAAGAUGAAAAGCUAGCAGAGGGUAUCAAGCUAUAUGCAAUCCCAACAACUCAAACCUCGAAGCGGACAAUACUUGGCGAUCUUGUCACGGUGUAUGCAAAGGGUGGGAAGACAAUUGUUUUUACUCAAACAAAAAGGGAUGCAGAUGAGGUCUCUUUGGCGUUGACUAAUAGCAUUACUUCUGAGGCAUUACAUGGUGAUAUAUCUCAACAUCAAAGAGAAAGAACAUUGAACGGAUUCAGACAAGGAAAAUUUACUGUUCUCGUUGCUACUGAUGUUGCUUCUCGGGGGCUUGAUAUACCCAACGUCGAUUUAGUCAUCCACUAUGAACUCCCGAAUGAUCCCGAGACUUUUGUGCACCGAUCUGGUAGAACAGGGCGUGCAGGAAAGGAAGGCAGAGCUAUUUUGAUGUUUACAAAUAGUCAGAGGAGAACAAUUAGAUCUCUUGAGCGUGAUGUGGGAUGCAAAUUUGAGUUUGUAAGUCCUCCAGCUGUAGAAGAUGUUUUGGAGUCUUCGGCUCAGCAAGUUGUUGCCACACUUGCUGGUGUUCAUCGUGAGUCUGUGGAGUUCUUCACCCCAACUGCAGAAAAGCUAAUUGAAGAACAGGGUGCAAGUGCACUUGCUGCUGCCCUUGCACAAUUGAGUGGUUUCUCAAAGCCUCCCUCAUCCCGUUCACUUAUCACGCAUGAGCAGGGAUGGACUACGUUGCAACUAACCCGGGAUCCCGCUUUAUCAAGAGGGUUCAUGUCAGCUAGAACCGUUACUGGAUUCUUGGCUGAUGUUUAUGCAACUGCUGCUGAUGAAUUGGGAAAAAUACAUAUAAUUGCAGACGAACAGGUUCAGGGAGCAGUUUUUGAUCUUCCAGAAGAGAUCGCCAAAAAGCUACUAGAGAAGGACAUCCCACCUGGCAAUAGUAUUACAAAAAUUACAAAGUUGCCCGCGUUGCAAGAUGAUGGUCCAGCAGGUGACUUUUAUGGUAGGUUUUCCAACAGGGAAAGAAGUUCCAGGGGAGCUGGUUCAAGAAGGGGGGGUUACAGUGGUUCCCGUGGUGGUGGUUGGGGUGGUAGUCGAUUCUCAUCAGACGAUGAAGGAGAUAACUUUAGGCGAGGCGGUAGGAGUGGCGGCAGUAGUUGGUCAAGAGGCGGCUCAGGGGGUUCGAGAUCUGGGGGAAGUGAUUGGCUAAUUGGUGAGAGACGAUCUUCACGCUCUCCGUCCUUCGGAACUAGAGGUUCUGGUUCCUCAUCUCGGACUAGGGACAGAAACUUUGAUGGCGCAUGCUUCAACUGUGGACGGUCUGGGCACAGAGCAUCAGAGUGUCCCAAGAAGCAAGAUUAUUAGUUUGCCCCUCCGGUUCCUAUACACGUUCAUAGAUCUGUUUUAGCCAUCGCUGCUCUGUUUAAGAGAGGGAUGGAGGUUGCCAGCUGACUGGAAAGAAAUGAAAUUGGCAUGUGUGUUGGAUGGUACAGGAAGCUGAAGGUUUGGUCUUUAGAUAGCUUUAGAUAGCACCACCACCUUUACCCACUACUUAGCAGCAUUUUUGAUGUCAUUAUUUUGUUCAAAUCAUGUAUAACCUAUGAUAUGGAUUCUUUUUUUUUUUUUCUUAUAAUUUGUGAUGAAACGAUAUGCUAUAUAUUAACAUGUGAAAAAUUACCUCCA